AUAUAGCCGAAGCCACAGCGCUGGUCCUCACACACCUUGGUCAACUGCAGAGAUUACAGCAUCUUCUCUUCACUAUCGAAGGAACAUGAAGAUCGCAUUCUUCCUCCUCGGCCUCCUGCUGGUGGUCGGCAUGAGCCACGCAGGACCCGUCCCCAGGGAGGAGGACGCCGAAGACCUUCAGACAAUGGAGUCCCAUCCGGAGCGUCUCCACAAGAG